CGCACAUCAUGAUCUCCACACACAUGUACAAGUUUAGGGUAGGUUCGUCAAGAGACAGGCAGCAGCAGCAGCAAAUGAGUCGGACCAAUGAUUCCGUAACCCCAUGAAAAUGAGGCAUAGCAAAAAAGCAAAGAUACAUCGAUUCAACCGAUUCCCCGAGCAAAGCUCCAUUCCCCUCCACCUCUACCAGCAUGCACCCUCGCCGAUGUCAUGCAAUCUCCCCGCUAGCAGAGGUGCCUGGCUCGAUCGCCCGCUCGAUCGAAUGGUGCUGACUGUCGCUUAAAGGGACACACGUGAGCCCCACAUGUCAUGGCGUGACAUGUGACAGAGACAGAAAACGAGAAAUGGCAAAAUCGAUGAGUGUGUUGAGGCUCGUUGAAUUCGAUUCAAUGGAUGGACCGGAUGUGCAUAGGGACACUCACCUCUAAUCGCAUCAUCAGACAAUCGUGUGUCUGUUUUCACCACACGCAAGAACACAGUGUAGCCUGUCCGUAGCAUUCGCGUUCACCCCCUGCCACUGGUUGACUGACACAAUUAACACACACACAUACGCACACCCAAUGCGCGUUGUGUUCGUAUGUGUUCUUGUGUGUGCUUGCUCACUCACUCACUCACUCACUCACUCAGAGCUUGCUGUCUCUGCAACUCGUCCAGGAGCGCCGCGUGCCUCUCAGCCUCGCUCUGCUGCUGCUGUCCGGUGGAGGGGACGUUGGCGGUGUGGAGCGCCUCUAGAGGGUGCAGCUGCACAAGCGGGCCUGAGACCAUCCAUGUGUCCGCCCGAUAGAAGGUCAGAGAGAGGCACAUGCAUGCAUUCGUCACAUUGUUUGUGCAUACCCGAUAGAGUUGAAAACAUUGAUGACCGCCUUCUUCUCUCCGUCCUUCCCGUCGGAGCCCCCUCCUCUCCCGCUGCCCGCGCCCUUUGGUGUGGCGUGAGGGGGAGAGUUGGCAGGGACGACGCCUGAGCCGUGUCCCCAUGCUGUUCCCGCAUCUCUCUCAGAUGCUUGACAGCCUCCAUGCUCUUGAUGAGGGCCGUCAGGCGGCUUGCGAUAAGCUCAUCUAUCGUGUCAACGAUCUCUCUCUUCAGCGUCUCUUCGCCAUGGGGGGCAUCACCCCCACUGGCAUCCAGUGGAGGCGUGGGCGCGACGGGCUGCGGCUGAUAGCGGGGUGAGACGAUGCUCUCGAGGGCGACGUACGAGUGUGAUCCACUCUGCCGUCUGGGUGAGCGGUCGACGAAGGUGCUGCCCCUCCUCAUCGAGGCCGGUUUGGACAGCGGGCCUGACUGAGGGGGGGGUGGCGACCCCCGUGCCUGACUCAGGAUGGCCGCCAGGUCUUGUGUGCCCGCACUCAUGGGCGGGCGAUGCCGGUGCCUGCACACACACAUUCAUGUGACGGCGAGGCAUGAAAACGCGGAUAUACUUAAGGAAGACCUCACCUGACGAAGACGCCGGCUUUCUCGCCAGGUGGCGAUGUCAGCGAGUGGCGCGGUGACUUGUCGUCGCCGCCCCAAGACUUGACGGACUGCGGGCUGCCUGGCGGGCUGCCGCCCUUUGCCUCCGGAGGUUUCUCGGGCACUACCACCGUCAGUCUGCGGCUGCCCUUCGGUGACGACGGCGCCGGCUGCCUCUUGUCCUCGGCUGACGUGGCAGACACCACCUCCGCCUCUGAUGUGCUGUUGGCGAUCGCUGCCGCGCUCGAGGUCACUGCAUUUCCCACCACGUGGUCCAUGCCCUCUUUCCCCCCCUCGUCAGAUACAUCCUCCUUUUUUGCCGUCUGCCUGUCUGCUGGUUUGCGGGGCUGCAUGGGCGGCAGGCCGGCGUUGAGUAGGAACCGUGUGCCGUACGGCUCGUCGUUUGCGAUUGCGAUGAAGGUGCGACGAAGUGCGAGCCGGAUUUGAAACUUGCGGAUGCGGGCAGCUUCUUCGGGGAAGUCGAGGAGGAUGUUACCGAGCUCGUCACGUGGCAAAAACAACACUUCGACAUAUGUGAGUGCGAUGGCAGCGUGCCGAUCCAUGAGCUCCCACUCCGACAGAAUGAGAUCCUUUCACACACACACACACAAGAGCGACCAUAGCCAAAUGUGCCGGCCCUGCGCGUGAGUGUGUUUGCAUACCUCGCCCCAGACGGAUCCAACGGACAUAAUUUUGCCGCGACGAGCGGCCAAACCUGCAAUCCAAAGUAUGUGUUUGCAAAAGUCAUCGAUGAAGCGAGACGGUUACCUCUCUGUACGAUGUACAGCGUGGCCGCCAUGUCGAGGACUUCCUCCGGUCCAUAGGCGAGCGGCUGCAAACUCUUGGCGAUCUCCACCACAAACUGAUUGUUCGUGCAGUCGCGCAACCACGAUACCUGCACACAUCAAACCGAUGUGUGCAUCGAAAUUGGUGCUUGAUGAUCGAUGGCUGAUCAAUGACCUUCUGCAGCCACGGUUUGUUCGCCGCCAGGGCCACUUCUCCCUGCAGCUGGGGAGACAUCUGAGCAGGCAGGAGACACAGACUGUCUCUCUGGGCCUGUCUGUGUCUAUGCGUCUGUUUGUAUGUGUGACCUUUGUUUCUACCUUGUCGAUGAGUGUGCGAUGAGAGAUGAGCCGCUGCAGGUGAUGGGCGUUCUGAAAGUACGUCCGAAGCCGCACCUGCAGAUUAGGCUCGAGCCUUCUGUCUCGCAUCAUGUCAUUGAGAUCAUCCAUAGUGCGCUGAUACUCGUGCGUGUGGAUGUCGAUGUUGGUAAUGAUAUUGACUGCGUUACCGAUGAUGUACGCCCUGAACAAUCAAUCGACACGCACAUCACAUCACAUCACGUCACAUCACAUAGGCUGGGCUGGCUCUCAAAUCAAGCGUGUCGUGUGUGUCGUUCGUCCCCACCAUAUCAUCCCUCCAAUGAGCAUACACACCACACACACGCCGUACUCGAUGUACGUGAAUGGCACAAUGUCACCUGAAUGCAGUGCACCAAACAAACAGGGAAGCAACUACGCUCAGCUGGAUAUGCCUCUCCGUCGGUCCGUCCGUCUGAAUGCGCGUACCGUAGCCAAUGGAUGUGAGCGUCAUGAAGGACCAAUAGAGUGAGACGAGGUAGAUUUGCCAGGCCGCCGCGAUGUGCGGUUCGGGUUUGUCCUCGAGCAGGGCCACAAGCCAAGUGACAUCAUCCUCCUCACCCUUGUCAUACCCUGUGUGUGUGUGGAUGCAGACAGACAGACAGACAGACAGACAGACAGACAGAAGAGACAGAGAGUGGGCAAUCAGUCAAUCAGUCAAGCAAGGAAACGCAUACCACUGACUGACUCACUUGCGAGGAAUGCCCAGGUGCAUGCCAUCCAGUGGCCGCUGAAGACGGUCAGCAGCACAAACUUCCACAAGGCAAUGCUCUGAUAGCUCAGACCGCUCUUCGCCUCCCACCUGCAUGCCCACAACACCACGCCAUCCAUCCAUCCAUCCACCGCGAAUCCUUUUGGUCACAUUGCACCUACCUCUGCAGCAGCCGCUGCGCCCGCAGGAGUCUCGCCAGCUUGAGCAAUCGAAGCAGCUUGAACAGCCGCAGCACCUUGACCUCGUCUCUCAGGUCGAGCACCAGGAGGGCGAUGUCGAAGGGGAUCACCGAGAGGAGGUCGAUGGUGAACCACGAGGAGAGGUACCGAUGUGCGAUCUUCUUGCGGUCGUACACCCAUCCGUGAGGGGAUUUGUACAUGAGAUUGAAGUUGAUGGCGAUGUGCGCCCAGAACGCCACGUCGACAAAACGGUUAAUGCCGAAGUAGACGUCCAGUUUUGUCGGCAGCAAUCCCACUUCAUAGGGGGUCCAUGUGCCCGUGAACAGCAGCAGGACGAUCAUCAGCUGAUCCCAAAAGCGCAUAAAGCUCGAGUUGGGGUCCAGCACCCGCCCCUGCCUCACCCGCUGACGCAGCACAGCCAGUUGAUCACGAAAGGCCAGCUUCUGGGGCAAGCUCUGAGUCGACCCACGGGCCGGAGCCAACAGAAUCGGCUCACCCAGCCGGAACUUCUUGUCAUGUUUUUCCAUAGGCGACGGAUCCGAGUGGCGUCUCUUGUCGUCGUGCUGUGAGUACUUCUUGCUCCUGGGAGACAGCGCGAGCACCGACAGGCCUCGGGAGAAGUUCGGCAGCCAUGACUGGGGCCAUGCGCUGCUCCAGCCGUCACUCAGAGCCUUGCGAAGCCUCUGUAGACCCGUCGGUCUUGCGCGUCCCGCGGCUGUAGGGGUCGGGGCAGACUUGGACCCCCGCGGUUCACCAUGUUCUGCGACCGUCUCCAGGCGGACCUUGUCUGCCUCCCUCUCGAGCGCAUGCUCACAAGACUGCCGUGGUGACGAGCUGCUGAGGAUAAUCGGCGUGAGCGAGUGAUGAGGAAUUGUCCGAGUGCUGCUGUGCUCCGAGAAGUGGGACCGGACAGACGACUGCGUGGCGUGGCCUUCGUCGCCAGCCGCUGGUCUGGGCGCCAUGUUCAGCUUGCCGCCUGCUUGAAGUCUGGCGGGGCCCCGCCUGCCAUCCGAAUGAGGGGAACUGGAUGGCGAUGAACCCCCCCGGAAGCUGCCGAGAGCGGCUUGCGCAAACAUCGAUGGUGCCGGACGGAUUGAUGCACGAGGAUGAAAG